AGUAUAUUUCCCCCUUAACCAGCCCUGCUGCACAGAGAGACAAAGGCAUGUCUUCAGUUUCAACAGUCCCUCUGAUCCUGCUGAUGCUCCUGGGAACACCCGCCAGUGCACUGGAUUGGGCCCUGGAAGGAGAAUGGAAAGGAUGGAAGGAAGUUCACUCCAAGCAAUACCUCAAGGAGGAAGAGGCAUUUCGUCGGGCUGUCUGGGAAAAGAACCUGCGGAGGAUUGAGCAGCAUAACCAGGAGGGGAACAGCUUCCAGCUGGCAAUGAACCACCUGGGUGAUUUGACGGACGAAGAGUUUAACAAGAUGCUAAGCAGCUUCCGUUCUGACUUGGCCAACCAAUCCGGUAAGAAGGUUGCCUUGUUCCAAGAAUCAGCCACCCUGGAGACCCCCAAGGAAGUUGACUGGCGCACCAAAGGUUAUGUCACCCCAGUCAAGAACCAGGGCCACUGCGGAUCCUGCUGGGCAUUCAGCGCCACCGGAGCACUUGAAGGGCUGCGCUUCAACAGGACAGGGAAGCUGAUCCCGCUAAGUGAACAGAACCUCAUUGAUUGUUCCUGGAAGCUGGGCAACCAGGGGUGCCAUGGAGGGUACAUCACCCAGGCCUUCGAGUAUGUGCGGGAAAACGGAGGCAUAAACUCAGAGACCAGCUACCCCUACUUGGAGAAAGAUGGAUCCAUGUGCAGUUACAACUCGCAGGACCGCGCAGCCAACUGCACAUCCGUCGUGGUGGUCCCAGUGGGGAGUGAGGUGGCCCUGGAGCAGGCUGUGGCAACUAUUGGGCCGGUUUCGGUGGCCGUGGACAGCAGAAGCUUCUACUUCCAUUUCUACAAGUCAGGGGUAUUUGACAGCGCCUCGUGUACCCAGCUGGUGAGCCACGCCAUGCUGGUGGUUGGUUAUGGGAUGCUCCAGGACGGGGGGAACAACACAGCUUACUGGAUCCUAAAGAACAGCUGGUCUGAGAAAUGGGGAGAGCAAGGCUACAUGCGAUUGGUGAAGGGCGCUGGCAAUCACUGUGGCAUAGCCAAUCAAGCCAGCUACCCCGCCCUGUAAGCUUCUCAAGAGCCAGGAUCCCACCCCCACC